CUGCCUAGCCCCAGCAGUGUGGAUGAUCCCGAUCCCAUCUCCGCUCAAGAUUCUUUACCAAGCAGUGCAAGCACCGCUGCUCCUAUGAUGACUGGCGUGGAGAGUCAAUCUGCUAGUUCAUGUUCUCUCCCUGGAUGCGCUGGAGAAGUACCCAUGGAAUUUCCCUCUUCCCGGCCUGCCUAUUGCCUAGAUCCUGUGAAAGCUAAACAACAUGUUGACCGCAUUCGUCACUUUCGCAUUCUUGUUAUGGGCAGGGCAAAUGCAGGUAAAACAACAAUUUUGCAGAGGGUUUGUAACACUAUGGAUGAACCGGAAAUUGUUAAUAGAGAAGGAUGGAAGCUGGAUGCCAAUGUAGUCCAGGCUUCGCUGGCACAUGGUGAACAUAACAUUGAGGAUGAGCUGAUCUUUCGGAGUCAUCCACAGUUUAUAUUCCAUGACUCAUGUGGAUUUGAGGCUGGAAGUGAAAAGCAGUUUGACAUGAUGAAGAAAUUUGUGCUGGAUCGUGCCAGGACACCCAAACUAGAUGAGAGAAUACAUGCCAUUUGGUUUUGUGUUCCAUUGAAUGAGAGCCAUAGGAUGAUUACAGCUGCUGAAAGAAAGUUUUUUGAUGAGUGUGAUACAGGGCAUGUUCCUGUGAUUUUGCUGUCAACAAAGGCAGAUUCUUUGGAACUUGAGGUCUUUGAGCAGCUUGAGGACCAAGGAUUUGAUGUAGAUGAUGCAACAAGGGCAAAAGAAAUGGAAGAAGAGAUUCUGAGCAAUUAUAUUGUGAAGCUCAAGAAUUGGUUGAAUAACCUCGAAUUUCCACCUCAUGACUAUUUGUCACUCAGUAGUAGGUACUCCAUACAUAUGUUACAUUGGGAUUGUCAGAUGACAUAGGAAAUCACUGCA